CUGGCCCGUCGAUACCCGCCUCCCUCGCUCUCUCUUCCUCGGCCUCCCUCGCCCUGCCGGGGCAAUGAAGCCCGCCUGCGCGGCCGCCGUGCUCCUCCUCGCCGCCGUGGCGCCCCGCCCGGCAGCGGCCGCGCGCCUCUCGCGGGCCGCCUCCCGCGCCUCCGGCGCCACGAAGUCGCCCAAGGUCGAGAAGGUCGUCGAGCUGCUCAGGUCGGGGGAGAGCCGGCCGAGGCCGACGAGAAGAACGAGCAGAAGGCGUACGACAAGUACGCAUGUUGGUGCGAGACCAUCACCGCCAAGAAGGCGACGGCCAUCACCGAAGCCAAGGCGACGAUGCGCGAGCUCGGCCAGGAGAUCCUGACCCUGAAGGGCAAGGUCGCCACUCUGACCGCGGAGAUCCAGCAGCUCCUCGCCGACAUGGCGGCGAACGAGGCGGCGCAGAAGGAGGCCACGGAGAUCCGCAGCAGGGAGAACGCGGCGUUUCAGGCGGAGACCACCGAGCUGAAGCAGACGCUGGCCGCGCUCGAGAAGUGCAUCGCCGUCCUCGUCGCCGCCACCAUGCCCGCGGGCGGGCCCGAGGCUGCGCUGCUGCAGCAAGCCAGCCGCGCCCAGCUGGCGGGCCGCCACCUGAAAGACGCCAUCGCCGCGGCGCCCGUCGGGGCGCUCUCGGCGGUGGCCCCGAGCAGGCUGUCGCUGCUGAGGAGCUACGCGGAGCAGCUGAGCCAGGGCAAGGCGGGCUACACCCCGCAGUCCCUGACCAUCCAGGGCAUCCUCAAGGAGAUGUACGCCACCUUCGCCAGCGACCUGGAGUCCAGCAUGGAGGACGAGGCGCAGAAGAACACGCUGUUCGAGGCGCUCAUCGCCACCAAGCAGAAGGAAAUGGUGGACAUGCAGGCGUCCGUCAAGGAGAAGAGCGCGCAGAAGGCGGAGGCCGAGGUGAUGCUCGCGGAGGCGACGCAGGCCUACGAUGACACCGAGGCACAGCUGAACCACGACGUUGAGUUCUUCGACGCAACGAAGCAGGCGUGCACCACCACCGCUGGCGACUGGUCCGACAGGAGGGCGUUGCGCGAGGAAGAGCUCGCGGGCGUCAAGAAGGCCAUCGAGCUCCUCGACAGCGACGACGCGCGCACGCUGUUCGACACCGCCAUCCAGGACGGCCACCAGGGCGGCCACGCAGCGAGCUUCGUCCAGAUCUCCAGCGAUGUCGGCAGCCCCGCGCGGCUAGCGUUCGGCGCCCUCAGGGCGAAGGCGGCGAGUGCGGGCAGUCUGAGGCUGGCCCGUGUGGCGGUCAGGGUCGCGCAGGCCAAGGCGGGCCACUUCGACGAGGUGAUCAAGGCAAUCGACGAGAUGAUCCAAGAGAUCGACAUCACGGAGGAGCAGGAGGACGAGAAGAAGAUCGACCAGUGCAACAACGAGUACGCGAAGAUCAAUGGGACCAUGGCCGACCUGAGCUGGAAGAUCAGCAAGAACGAGGCCAAGAUCGCGAAACUCACUGUUCUGAUCGAGGACAUGGAGAAGGAACUCGCGGAGACGGUGGAAUCCAUCGCGGAUACCCACAAGAUGGUCGAAGACUUGAACGCCACCAGGGCGCAGGAGAACCAGGACUUCCUGCAAGCGAAGACCGACGACGAGGACGCGAUCGACCUCCUUUCGCAGGCCAGGGACGCCCUCGCGAAGUACUACAGCAACCAGUCCGUGGACGGCAUGGAGGUCGUCACGGCCGGCGGCGAGGGCCGGACCGUGCUCCUGCAGGAGGAGCCCGCUGCCGGGCCCGCGUUCGAUGUCUCCGAGGAGCAGGCCCCGGAGGUGAAGUUCUCCGGCAAGGGGAUGCGCAAGGUCCAGGCCAAGGGCAUCUUGGCGAUCCUGUCGGACAUAAUCGAGGACCUCCAGGGCGAGAUCGCCCUCGGCAAGAAGCAGGAGGAGGUCGCGCAGCUCGAGCACGAGAAGCAGGUGGCGGCCGCCCACGCCCUGAUCGAGUCCCUUGAGGAGAGGAAGGUCAACCUCGAGACCGACAUCGAGAACAAGAAGGAGGCCAAGGUGGAGGAGGAGCAGGCCAUGGCCACGAACAAGGACGACCUGCAGGCGGAGAAGGACUACCUGAAGGACAUCAAGCCGGACUGCGACUGGAUCAUCAAUAACGCCCCGGAGCGGCGCGCCAAGCGGCGAGCGGAGCUCGACGGCCUGAACGCCGCGAAGGCCUACCUGGUCGGCUACAAGGAGAACUCCGAGCUCGGCGCCGGCGUCGCCGCCAGCCAGGCCGGCCUGCUGCAGGGCGCAAGGCUGCGGGCGCGGCGUUGA